AACUCCCGGCAAGCUCUGCGCGGGGCCGCUGGCGCCGAGCGGAGGCUGCAGACCGCGGCGAGCGAUGAGGAUGGAGGCCCGGGAGGCAGCGGCGGCGGGGGCGGGCGGUCGCGCCGCGGGCGGCUGGGGCAAGUGGGUGCGGCUCAACGUGGGGGGCACGGUGUUCCUGACCACCCGGCAGACGCUGUGCCGCGAGCAGAAGUCCUUCCUCAGCCGCCUGUGCCAGGGCGAAGAGCUGCAGUCGGACCGGGAUGAGACGGGGGCCUACCUCAUUGACCGUGACCCCACCUACUUUGGGCCCAUCCUGAACUUCCUCCGGCAUGGCAAGCUGGUGCUGGACAAGGACAUGGCUGAGGAGGGCGUGCUGGAGGAGGCGGAGUUCUACAACAUCGGCCCGCUCAUCCGCAUCAUCAAGGACCGGAUGGAGGAGAAGGACUACACCGUGACCCAGGUGCCGCCCAAGCACGUGUACCGCGUGCUGCAGUGCCAGGAGGAGGAGCUCACGCAGAUGGUGUCCACCAUGUCUGACGGCUGGCGCUUUGAGCAGCUGGUGAACAUCGGCUCCUCCUACAACUACGGCAGCGAGGACCAGGCCGAGUUCCUGUGCGUGGUGUCCAAGGAGCUGCACAGCUCCCCGCAUGGCCCGGGCUCCGAGGCCAGCCGUAAAGCGAAGAGCGCGGAGGAGCAGCUGGAGGAGCAGCGGCAGCAGGAGGAGGAGGUGGAGGAGGUGCAGGUGGCCCAGCCCAGUCACCCCAGGAUCCCGCUCACCUUCCCUCCCUCUCACCGCCGCCUCCUCCUCUGCUUCCCACUGGAGGUCCUGCCUCAUCUCCAUCCACCUCCUCCUCCUGGAUCUCAUCUGCUCCCUGCCUCCUCCCCCUCUGCCCCUGCGCGGGUCUCCUCUCCGCCUGCUCGCGCCUCCACCCUGGGGCCGACCUGGCCCCGGCCUCCCGUGCCCUCCCCCCGGGUCCCCUGGCCCUGCGUCCCAGAGCGUCCCGCCUGCCGUCCCCCUCGCCCCUCCUGGCACCUCCUGCCCCCCAGCCUGGGGAGGAGGGGCGCAGCGUGGCUGCCUCUGUGCCGGCCGGCCCCGCUGGGCACCUCUGAGGCUGGCGCAGGCCCGGCCCUGCCCGGCCCUGCCCUGCCGCUUCCUCGCCCCUCACGUUUCCUCCUUGCAGGUUCCCGUCUGCGCCCCCUCAGACCCGAGGCUGAGCUGGCAGUGAGGGCUUCUCCUUGGCCCCUCGCCCGCCCCCAGAGCUGCCAUCCCUGCUAUUACAAGCCAGAGACACCCGGAUGUGAGGCCCCAGAUCACCUGCAGGGACUUGGGGUUCCCAUCUGAAAUCCUUUAUUUUUGUACCAUGGGGUGGGCCCCGGGCCCGGGAAGGAAGACGCACUCUGUCCCCUGCCACUUCUGCCUGCACCUCCAGGGCUGUGACUUCCCUCUGCCUCCAGGGCCCAGGCAGGGACCCACUGGGACCUCCCAAGGCCUGAGGUGGGUCCUGGGACCCCUGGGUAGAGCCACCUGCCCAUGGCCUCGGUGUGGCGCUGCCCAGCUGUGUCUCCCAGCACCCUCUGUCCCCUCCUCCUCCAGGGGCCCCUGUGGCACGGUGACUGUGCUCCCUCCUGGCCCCAUCACAUCACCUCCUUGAGCCGCAGCCUCCUGGGGGCCCAGUGGGGAACCUCCCACACAGGGUGGUUGUGGGGUGCAGAGAGGACAAGGUCCCCGGGGACCCUAAGAGCCAGGGCUGCUCUCCCUCACCCCCUUGGCUGGGAGGGCCUGGCCAGCCCCAAGCAUGACAUGCACCAUGGAGAUUCAGGUAGUGAGGGUGACGGGUGCGGGGUUGGCCCUGUCAGAAGGAAGGGGCAGGCAGUUUGGCCUUCGCCUGGGCCAUGUCGCGCCCACCGUGUGCUGCUGCAGGGCCCUGUCCUGCACGGGGCCCAAGUGGCUACGCAGGGAGAAGGGAAGGGGGACGUUCCUCCCUCUGCCCAAGGCAGGGUCUGGGUGUGAUGGGGCUGAGCGAGGGGCCCCUCUGCACUGUGACUGCCUGGGAUGGGCACUGGCCUCAGCUGCGCCCGCCGCCGCCGUGGAAUAAAACCUGAAGAAACAGCCC